AUGGGGGACCGGUGGGAGAGCAAAGUGCCAAGGCGGGGAGCGCUUAGGCCCCGCUCGCCGGUGGCCCGGGAGAGGCAAAGGCUCGCAGACACCCCAACACCCGCUCUGGUCGCGCACGCUCGGACCGGGGAGGGGUGGGAGCGGCCACGAGCUCUGGGCCGGGCCGGAGCUGCCGGGCUCCAGAGGGGACGCCCCCCUCCCGACACCCCCCGCUCCCGGGCCCCUCUUCGCCGUGGGAAUGAACCGGAGUCCUGGGCUCUGGUGACGCGGAGCUUCGGUGAGGAGCUCGCGCCGCGAGCGGGCAGCCACGGAGAGGAGCGCCCCCUCCCCGGGCGCCCGGGAGCGCAGACGUGGGCGGCGGCGAGCGGCGGCCCCCCUCCGCUCCCCUCCCCUCCCCCGCCGGCCCGGCCGUCCCCUCCCCGCGCGGCGCUCCCGCGUGUGCGGGUGUGUCGGGCCCCGCGCGCUCCCCUGCUNCUGCCGCUGCUCUCGCUCCAGCCCUUGGACCUGCUGCCCGGAGCCUGGGGCGCCCGCGCCCGCACCGCCAACCGGACCCUGAGCGCCGGCGCCGCGGCCGUCGGGGGCCGGCGGCCCGGGGGCGCCCUGGCCCGGGGCGGCCGCGAGCUGAACGGCACCGUCCGGGCGCCCGGCGGCCCGGAGGCGGGGAGCCGGCGGGGACAGCCAGCGGCGGCGGUAGCGGCGGCCAGCGCGGCCGUCACCUACGAGACGUGCUGGGGCUACUACGACGUGAGCGGCCAGUACGACAAGGAGUUCGAGUGCAACAACAGCGAGAGCGGCUACCUGUACUGCUGCGGCACCUGCUACUACCGCUUCUGCUGCAAGAAGCGCCACGAGAAGCUGGAUCAGCGCCAGUGCACCAACUACCAGAGCCCGGUGUGGGUGCAGACGCCCAGCACCAAGGUGGUGUCGCCGGGGCCCGAGAACAAGUACGACCCGGAGAAGGACAAGACCAACUUCACCGUCUACAUCACCUGCGGGGUGAUCGCCUUCGUCAUCGUGGCCGGCGUCUUCGCCAAGGUCUCCUAUGACAAGGCCCACCGCCCGCCGCGGGAGAUGAACAUCCACAGGGCUCUGGCUGACAUCCUAAGACAACAGGGACCAAUCCCCAUAGCACACUGUGAAAGAGAAACUAUCUCGGCCAUCGAUAGCUCUCCCAAAGAGAACACGCCGGUCCGAUCGUCCUCCAAAAACCACUACACCCCCGUGCGCACGGCCAAGCAGACUCCAGGACAUUAUGGGAAGGAUGCUUACCGAAGUGGAGGACCUGAUCUCCAUAACUUCAUCUCAUCUGGAUUUGUCACAUUAGGAAGAGGACACACGAAGGAGAAGCCUCGGAUGAACAACAUCCUGACAUCGGCCACCGAGCCCUAUGACCUCUCCUUCUCACGCUCCUUCCAGAACCUGGCCCACCUGCCCCCAUCCUACGAGUCUGCAGUGAAGACCCACCCCAGCAAGUACUCAUCCCUGAAGAGGCUAACCGACAAGGAGGCUGACGAGUACUACAUGAGGCGGCGGCACCUGCCUGACCUGGCCGCCCGCGGCACCCUCCCCCUCAACGUCAUCCAGAUGUCCCAACAGAAGCCGCUGCCUCGCGAGCGACCCCGCCGGCCUCUCCGGGCCAUGUCGCAGGACCGGGUCCUUUCCCUGGAGCGAGGCCUGCCGGACGACUUCGGCCUGCCCUACGACCGCCUCCUCUCGGACGAGCAGCUGCUCUCCACCGAGCGCCUGCACUCCCAGGACCCGCUGCUGUCCCCGGAGCGGACGGCCUUCCCCGAGCAGUCCCUGGCGCGGGCCAUCUCGCACACGGAUGUCUUCGUGUCCACGCCCGUGCUGGACCGCUACCGCAUGACCAAGAUGCACUCGCAUCCCAGUGCCUCGGAUAACUCGUACGCCACCCUGGGCCAGAGCCGCACGGCGGCCAAGCGCCAGGCCUUCGCCUCGCGCAGACACAACACCGUGGAGCAGCUGCACUAUAUCCCGGGCCACCACACCUGCUACACCGCCAGCAAGACAGAAGUGACCGUGUGA